ACGUCGGAAAAAGAUAUGAAAUCCAGAAGAUCGUGGGCGGAUGGAUAAUAGCUCUCACUAGCAGGCAGCAAUAACAAAACAUUUGAACGCUCAAAAAUGGCGACUCUUUUCCUUCCUUUCUCGCAUAACCUUUCUUCUCCGGGACUCUCCUCCACCGUCAAACGUAACCGUCUCCCCCUUCCUUUUCACCUUCAUUCAUCGAUCCGUGUCAACUGCUCCGCUAAUACAAAUAAUUCUAUUUCCACGCCUAAAGAAAACUCAUCUCAGUUCAAGGAACUAAGGAAUAUAGCUUGUGGCUUUCUUGCCGUAUGGGCUCUGACUACCACCUCACCCGUAAUCGCUGCUAAUCAGAGGCUGCCUCCUUUGUCCACAGAUCCGGACCGAUGUGCACGUGCAUUUGUUGGAAACACAAUAGGUCAAGCUAAUGGUGUAUAUGAUAAGGCGAUUGAUCUCCGUUUUUGUGACUACACUAAUGAAAAGACAAACCUUAAGGGGAAGUCUCUUGCAGCAGCACUUAUGUCUGGUGCCAUAUUUGAUGGCGCAGAUAUGACUGAGGUUGUCAUGUCUAAGGCUUAUGCUGUUGGAGCAAGCUUUAAAGGUACAGAUUUUACGAAUGCAGUUCUUGAUCGAGUCAACUUCGGGAAGGCCAACCUUCAGGGAGCUUCAUUUAAAAACACUGUACUAUCCGGUUCCACAUUCGAAGAAGCUCAACUGCAAGAUGUGGUGUUUGAGGACACGAUUAUUGGGUACAUCGACCUUCAAAAGCUGUGUGUAAAUAAAACGAUCAACGAGGAUUCAAGACUGGAACUCGGAUGUCGAAAUUAGUAGUGAUUCAUGGCCUCUCUCUCCCUGCUCUACAAAUGGAUGGGGUAGAUUUGUUGUAUAUUUUAUAAAUCAUCAUAUUUUUUUCAUAUGGUAAAAAGAAAACAUGUGUGUAAGAUUUAGUGUUGUGGGCAAGGUAUAUUUAUUCCUAGUCAAGAGAUUGAAAUAGAUCUUUGCCCUAAACCACACUCUAAUAACUUUGUAUAUUGAACCUAAAAAGAAAAGCAUCUCUUUCAUCCACUCUUCU